AAAAUUAUUAAAUAAACUAAUUAUUUAAUAAACUAAAAAAUGAAAAUUUUAUAUUUUUUAGUUAUUUUAUUUUUAUUUAAUAUCUUAAAAAUUCAAGCACACUCUUUUAUGAGUUGUGUGAAUUGGGAUUUUGGAUCAAAGUCAUGUCAAGCAUAUCCUAGAAAUUAUAAAUUUCAUGUAGAUCAAGGUGAUGGAUUCUUGUUCCAAAGGGGUAAAUUCACCAAACCACAUCCAACCGAACUUGGACAAGCAUGUGGUCCUGUUCAAAGAAGAACAAAUCCAAUUUCAUUACAAUACUCUCAAAAAUACCCAAUGGGCCAAUUCCAACCAGGUCAGACUAUCUGUCCACAAUGGCCUGCUAGAAAUCAUGCUAAUCAACUUAGAGCUGGUACCGUUAGUUUCUAUCUUUCUAAUAAAAUGUCUAGCUCUGAUAUGGUUGAUAAUGACCAAAGUGUAUUUUUUAACAAUCCAGUUCAUUCUAGUGCAUUUGGUAAUUGUUCAAAAUAUUAUGAAAAUACUAAUAAUUCAACAUGUACAUCAUGUUUCAAAUUACCAAACAACGUUCAAAGUGGUUUAUAUGUUUUACAGUUCUUUUGGGAAUUCAAUCCAAAAGAGUAUUAUUUAACUUGUGCCGAUAUUAUUAUUGGCGGAGCAAAUGCUGCAUAUAGCCAAAACUAUCAACAACAAUCAUACCCACAACAACAACAACACCAAUCAUACCCACAACAACAACAACACCAAUCAUAUCCACAACAACAACAACAUCAAUCAUAUCCACAACAACAGCCACAUCAAUCAUAUCCACAACAACAUCAGCAAUCCCCACAACAAGUACCAAGAGAACAUAUUAACGAUGCUAGGGAAUAUAAUUCACAAAGAGUUCAAGAAGAAAGAAUAACUCAACAAAGACUUGACCAAGAAAGAGAACAAGAAUAUAAAAAGAGAGAACCUGAGGUCGAUCUUGUCUCCAAAUUAAAUCAAACUCCAUUGGGUAUGAACAUUCAAUAUAUCGUUAAUAAAGGUGUUUUAGAAAAAGAAUUCAUUGAUAUUAGUAAAGGUGUAAAAACUUCAAAAGCUGUUAACCAUUAUGAAACCCAACCAAUUCCAGGCGAAGCUCUUUUCUUCAAGUGUUCAUCAGGUACCAAUUGUAUUAGUGGCAAAGGAAAGCAAACUAUCAACUUAAAAGUAAACUCAUAUAAGAGUAUUUUGGAAGAUACAGAUGUUAGUUUAUUAAUUGCUAAUGAUAAAUAUGUUAGAAGUACUUCACUAUCUCGUUAUGUCCAAAACUAUGUUGAUGGCCAAUCUGCUAUGAUUAGAAUUCCACUUUCAGAAUUUGGUGCUCAUGACUUUAUGGCAGUUGCAAUCACUGGUUAUGAUGAGUUAAAUGAUGACUAUAUUGAAGUAGAAUCAAUUUCAGUUUCAAAUUAAAUUAUUAAUAAACAAAAAAAAAAUAAAGUUUUUAAAUUUAAAAUAAAGUUUUUUAAUUGUCUUU